AUGACAAAACUCCUCCCCUGUUCUGUCCCUUUUUCACAGUAAACCUGAUAAGUCAGAGACGUAGAGGAAGUGAGUUUGUCAUUGUCAAACUCUCCACUGUACACGCUAUACUCUCCUGUCACCCUCUAUAUCUCUCCCUCCAUCAGUUCAAUCAGUCCAUACUACCAGGGCUCCAUCAGGAUGGUGUCGGCUGGACUACAGAUGCUGGGCAUUGCCCUGGCAAUCACUGGCUGGCUGGGAAGCAUCAUCAUCUGUAUUCUGCCCAUGUGGAAGGUGACAGCCUUCAUCGGAGCCAACAUCAUCACCGCUCAGGUCAUCUGGGAAGGCUUAUGGAUGAACUGUGUAACCCAGAGUACGGGCCAGAUGCAGUGUAAGGUCUACGACUCCCUCCUGGCCUUGCCCCAGGAUCUGCAGGCCGCCAGGGCUCUCAUCAUCAUUGCCGUCAUCGCCGGCGUGUUCGCCAUCCUGCUGGGCAUCGGAGGGGGGAAGUGCACCAACUUUGUGGACGAUGAGAGCUUAAAAGCUAAAGUCGCUAUCGCUAGCGGGGUUAUCUUCCUCAUCGCUUCCCUCCUGGUCCUGGUUCCUGUCUGCUGGUCAGCCCAAACCAUCAUCCAAGACUUCUACAACCCCCUUUUGAUCGAGGCCCAGAGGAGGGAGCUGGGGGCCUCGCUCUACAUCGGCUGGGGCUCCGCAGGGCUGAUGAUCCUGGGCGGGGCACUCCUCUGCAGCUCCUGCCCACCCAGCGAUGAGAACAACUACGAUGUCAAGUACUCCAAGGCUGCUGCCAGCAGCAAGGCCUACGUCUAG